AUGUAUAAACUUGUAUUACUUCUCUGCCUUUUGGGAGCUAUAUCUUCUGUGCAUGUAGAAGUCAGUAAUGCACACAUUAUCUAGAGGCUAACAAGAGACUCUGGACAUCUGAAUGUAGUAUUGAAUAGAUACUUCAACAAAGAUAAAGAAAGUUUGAAUCUUGAUUACAGCACACUUGUGAUUUCAGAUCCACCUAAUUCAAAUUACAAGGCGAUCAUGUUCACUAUCAUGGGAACCCACAACAAGCAAAUUGAUUAAUAUAUAGGAGAGAAACAAAGCUUCAUACUUAAAGUAUUGACAGAGUAAGUUCCAGCACCUGAAUACGAGAUCCAUAAGAAUGUAUUAUAGCAUACUGUUAAAGUGGAAGGACUCAAAAACUUAAAUUCGAAAGAAGAUGUUGAGACUAGUUUAAAAAGAUUUGCAAAUGCAUUCAGCGAUUGGACAAAUAAUAACAUGUGGGGCUCCUCUGAGCAAUUUUAUGCGCUACAUUUUCUAAGUUACGUAUUUACAAAAAUUGCAGGAAGAUUCUAUACGAACGGCUUCUCAUGCUUCUUAGAUUUCAGCGCGAAGGAUCUUCAUUUCUCUAAAGAAGAUUCAGAUCCCAUUCAAGAUUAUUAUGCUGACUUGCCUUUUGAGCUACCCAAAUACUUCGCUAUAACUGUCAGUGAAAAAUUCUUUUAAGAAUUCUUGCAAGAGUUCUAUAACAGAAAGAAGAGAUUGAACCUACUUGAAUAUUUAGAACUAUUUCCUGAAUUUGAUUAAUACACUGAGAGAAUGACUGUAUAAGAAGCUUCCGAUUAUUUACCUUAUCUUCUUGAAAGAUUCAAUGAGGAGUAAAGAUUGAGUAUUGAGUUUAAUCCAAAAGAUCCAAUUCAAGAAGGUGUCGAGUAUGCAGAGAAAAAUAUAAAAGUGAAAUUCUUGAAAGAUUCUGUUGAUCUACUCAUUCCUUUAAUCUUUGACAUAGUGGUCGGAAAAGAUCUUUUUACUUGGGAAUAGGUCGGAAAAGGAUACAUGGGACUAGGUGGAGUAACUCAAAUCAAACAGUUUGAUGAUGGAUCAUUGAAUUUCAAUAUCAAUUCAUUUUUGAGAAUAUAGAAUAUCUCACUUAAAGAUACCUUAACAAUGAAAAAUAUCGAUGAAGAAACUGGGGCAAUUUUUGCAUUAGGAAAUCUUUACUUUAAGCAGAACUUCCUGCCUCCUCAAACUUAUCAUGCUGAUGUAAAGACGCUACUUGAUUUAAAGUGGGGAAGCUUUAAUAUUGUUGAAAAUCUAGAAAAGAAGAUUAAGAUGAGAUUCGUUGAAGGCUAUUUUGAAAUGAAAGUAGAUGAAUUAGAGACUCACAAAUUCCCAACAGACCUAGGAUUAGUUAAUAAAUUUGGAGGAGUUAGUGAAGGAUUCAAUUUUGAUUCAAGAAAAAGAAAAACUGCAUGGGAAAAUAAGCAAAUAUUCUUAGAGAAAGAGGCAAAGCUUAAAUUGGAACAAUAAAAGGGCUCAAACGCUAAUAAUUUUAGACAAGAAUAAUAAUGA